UGUCAUGGGCUUCCAAAAGUUCUCCCCCUUCCUGGCUCUCAGCAUCUUGGUCCUGUUGCAGGCAGGCAGCCUCCAUGCAGCACCAUUCAGGUCUGCCCUGGGGAGCAGCCCAGCAGACCCUGCCACGCUCAGGGAGGACGAAGCGCGCCUCCUGCUGGCUGCACUGGUGCAGGACUAUGUGCAGAUGAAGGCCAGUGAGCUGGAGCAGGAGCAAGAGAGAGAGGGCUCCAGCCUGGACAGCCCCAGAUCUAAGCGGUGCGGUAAUCUGAGUACUUGCAUGCUGGGCACAUACACGCAGGACUUCAACAAGUUUCACACGUUCCCCCAAACUGCAAUUGGGGUUGGAGCACCUGGAAAGAAAAGGGAUAUGUCCAGCGACUUGGAGAGAGACCAUCGCCCUCAUGUUAGCGUGCCCCAGAAUGCCAACUAAACUCCUCCCUCUCCUUCCUAAUUUCCCUUCUUGCAUCCUUCCUAUAACUUGAUGCAUGUGGUUUGGUUCCUCUCUGGUGGCUCUUUGGGCUGGUAUUGGUGGCUUUCCUUGUGGCAGAGGAUGUCUCAAACUUCA